GUGGUGGUUGAAUUGAGUUGUAGUUAGAUGGAAGGAUUUUAAACGCAAACUUCACCUACACUGCGGGAGGAGUUGGCAGAAACAUUUGCGAAUCUCUGUGCAAGCUGGGAUUCCCUCCAAAUUUUUUGUCAGUCGUAGGAGCAGAUGAAAGAGGUAAAAUGAUCAUGUCCGUCAUUCCACCGCAGAGCCGGCAUUUUGUUCGAGUCGACGACAGUUGCAACACCGCAGAAUGCAUCGUAGUGUUUGACGAUAGAGGGAGCUGCAGGUUGCUAAUGGGAGACAUGAAAAUUCACAAUAAAAUCACGCCAGAGGUGAUUCUGGAAAACGAAAGUAUAAUCAAGACCGCUCCCUUGAUAAUACUAGAUUCCAAUUUAUCGGAAGAAGCUAUUGAAGAGUGUUUGAAGUUGGCCGUGAAGCACAACAUACCAGUACUUUUCGAACCAACAGAUGUCGAGCCAUCCACAAAACCAUUUAAGACGCCUUACUGGAAAGCGAUAAAAUUCAUUACUCCAAAUUUAAGUGAACUCGAACAUAUUGCCCGAUUCUUUGACUUUGUACCCCAAAAAUCCUCUUCUGAUAUCGCUAAAGCAGAAGAAUUGAGUCGAAAAUUAUUGAGUCAUGGAAUCGACAACGUUAUUGUAACUCUUGGCUCCAAAGGAGUUUUGGUAGCUCGAAAAGGACUAGCAACCGAAAAGUUUUUUACAAACAAUUAUGAUGAGGAGCAUGUUCGAUUUUAUCCAACUGAAGCUAUCAAUAGUCUUGUCAAUGUGAGCGGAGCAGGAGACUGUUUUGCCAGCGGAUUCAUAGCUGCGUUGAUUGCGAAUAUGCCUGAAGAGGUUUGUGUGUCAGUGGGAUUCGCUGCUGCUAAAUUAGCUUUGAAAUGUCAAGCUGCAGUCCCGAUGGAAAUUUUUGAUAGAAGUCAUCGGUCAUGGGAAAGAUCUGCCUCUUAUCAGAAUAUUCUUUAGGUAGUGAAAUUUAUAAUACAUUUGUAUUAUUAUGUAUCAUUAGGAAACUAUAUUUUUUCCAAAA